AUGUCAAAAUUUAAAGAAGAAAGUUGGCAAAAAGCGUUCAAAGCAGUGAAAGAACAGUUCGAACUUGAAAGCCUUCUCCCUGAGCAGGAAAAUUCUUUGAAAGAAUUCCUUGAAGGCCGGAAUGUGUUUGUAAAUUUGCCGACCGGUUACGGAAAAUCCUUGAUUUUCCAGUGUCUCCCAAUCGCUGCAGAUGCUCGGCUCAAUAAACCUCGCGGCUCUAGUCUUGUAGUCGUGAUUUCGCCUUUACGAUCCUUAAUGGAGGACCAAGUUCUCUUUCUGAACAACACUGGAGUGCCAGCAAUCGCUAUUACCGACGAAGAAGACCCAGAUAUUGUCCAACAAGUAAUUAAUGGCAACUACAUUGUCGUGUACGCGACUUGGAGAAGUAUUUUCAGUUGUAACACAUUUGUAGAAAUGUUGAUCGGAGUGGCUAUCGACGAACACACUGUAUAG